UGCAUUAAAGCAGCUUACAAUGAAAGUUUUAUCGCUAAUCUUGCCUAUUAUAAGUUACGUAAAUUGUGCUAAAAUUCUCGCGGUUAUACCAACGCCGUCCAUAAGCCAUCAACUACCGUUUAUACCGUUAUGGCGCGAGUUAUCCUUAAGAGGGCACCAAGUUACCUUAAUGACCACCGAUCCAUUAAAAGAUUCAAGUCUCACCAACCUCACCGAAAUCGAUAUGUCUUACAGUUACGAAAUAUUAGAACGACAUGAGUCUUUUUCUAUUCUAAGUGAUGAAACCAAGGGUUUAAAUGAAAAAGGAAGGCUUUUACUAAAUGCCGCACACGAAUUAAUUGAAGCCCAAAUGUCGUCAACAGAAGUUCAGAAUUUGAUACACGAUAAGAAUGUUCAUUUUGAUGUUGCGAUAAUUGAAGCCCAACGUGUUUUUUAUUCAGCAUUUGCAUGGAGGUUCAGGUGCCCUAUGGUCAGUAUUACGUCUAUGGAAGCCCCAGUAUGGAUCCAAUAUUCCAUUGGUAAUGGAAUACAUCCCAUAUUAAAUCCCGAUUCCAAUUUACAUGUAGUUGAUCAAAUGAAACUAAAUUUUCGGGAAAGAAUUUUCAGCUUUCUUUUAACAAUUUUUAUAAAAUAUACAGUGUAUGGUGAUAUCUUACCAACUGAAAAUGCAAGGUUUAAAAAAUAUUUUGGUGAAGAUGCCCCCGAUUUACUUGAAGUUCAAAACAAUAUAAGUCUAUUAUUGAGUUAUGCCAAUCCAAUAUUUCAAAACACAAGACCAAUGAAUCCAAAUUCAAUUCUGAUCGGGCAUGGUAUGCAUAUUGGCAAACCAAAAAAAUUACCGAAGGAUUUACAGGAGUACCUGGAUAGUUCCAAAAAUGGAGUAAUCUAUUUCAGUUUGGGAUCAAACGUUAAAGGACACCUUUUGAAUGAUACUAUAAAAAGAAACAUACUCCAGGCAUUUUCAGAACUCCCUUACAAUGUCCUCAUGAAAAUGGAUACAGACUUAAAAGACGUACCGAAGAAUGUGAAAAUACAAAAGUGGCUACCACAGCAAGAUGUUUUAAGACAUCCUAACAUAAAGCUGUUUAUAUCCCAAGGAGGACUGCAGUCGCUACAAGAAUCAAUCACCAAUGGUAUUCCACUGGUGGGCAUUCCAUUUUUCGGGGAUCAAAUUUCAAACGUAUACAGGAUGGUUAAAAAGGGAUAUGGAGUGAGGGUGGACAAAAAUGAAAUAACCAAGGAGAACUUCAAACAAGCUAUACUGGAAGUUUUGAAUAAUCCAAGGUAUCGCGAAAAGGCGAAGGAAAUGGGCGAGCUUCUUCAUGACGAGCCAAUGACAAGCCUGGAAAAGGCCGUAUGGUGGAUCGAGUACGUAAUACGACACAAAGGCGCCAAGCAUUUGAGGAGUCCGGCUGUCGACAUGCCUGCAUGGAAAUAUUACAUGUUGGACGUGAUUGGAAGCGUACUUGGAGCCCUAUUUAUUGUUUUAUUUCUGAGCUAUAAAAUAUUAAAGUGUGUUAUAUCAAAAUUAUUAUUUGGCAAGCCGAAAGCCAAGAAAGAUUAAGUUUGUAUAAUUAAAAUUAGGUUAUAAAGAAUUAA